UCUUGAUCGGUUAAUCUGCCGGUCGAGCAAGGAAAACAAAGGAUGUUUGGGGACUGCCAGGUCCUGUCCUCGAUGGCCGGGGCCUCCUCCUCGGCCGACGCGCUCUUCAUCCCCAACCCUGGCGCACUUGCCGGCUUCAUGUCCUCCUCCGUCGCCGCCGCCAUGCCCUUACACCACUUCUCCACCGCCGCCGUAAUCCCUAAGGAGGAGGGCGGCGUGAUGGGCGCGCUCCAGUUGGCCAAGGACGAGGAGAUGGAGCUGGAGAUGGACAUGGAGCUCAGCGGCGGCUCCGGGAGCGGCCACCUGGACGGCCUGCUCAGCUUCGCCGAUGUGGACGACGACCGGCCGGAGCAGAAGCCGCAGCACGGCGGCCUCGACCUGCAGCCGGCGAACGGCGGCCAGCAACAGUUGGUUGUCAACGGCAAGAAGAAGCGUUACCACCGCCACACGGCGCACCAGAUCCAGCAGAUGGAAGCGAUGUUCAAGGAGUGCCCACACCCGGACGACAAGCAGCGGCUGAAGCUGAGCCAGGAGCUGGGGCUCAAGCCCCGGCAGGUCAAGUUCUGGUUCCAGAACCGCCGCACGCAGAUGAAGGCGCAGCAGGACCGGGCGGACAACGUGCUCCUCCGCGCCGAGAACGAGAACCUCAAGAGCGAGAACUACCGCCUGCAGGCCGCCAUCCGCAACGUCGUCUGCCCCAACUGCGGCCACGCCGCCGUCCUCGGCGAGAUGUCCUACGAGGAGCAGCACCUCCGCAUAGAGAACGCAAGGCUCAAGGACGAGCUCGACCGCCUGGCGUGCAUCGCCACUCGGUACGGCGGAGGCCGCCAGCCGAGCCUGUCGGCGUCCGCACUGGGCUGCUUAUCGGCGCCGCCGCCGGUGUUGAUGCCGCCGCUCGACCUCGACAUGAGCGCCUACUCGCGCCAUUUCACCGAUCAGUCUCCGGUCAUGGGCUGCGGCGAUCUCAUCCAGCCCGUCCUCGCGUCGCCGCAGCAGAUCACCGAGCACCAUGCCACGGCAUCGUACAUGAGCGCGCUGGCGCCCGUCCAGGAGCAGGACAGGCAGCUGGUGCUCGACCUGGCCGCCACGGCGGCCGACACCCUCGCCAAGAUGUGCCGCACCGGCGAGCCGCUCUGGGUGCGCCGCCGCGGCGCGAGCUCCGAGGUCAUGGCGGCCGAAGAGCACGCGCGGAUGUUCAGCUGGACGGUCGACGGCGGGAAGCAGGGCGGAGCUUCAGCGGCUGCCGCGGCCAGGACUGAGGGGUCGCGGGACAGCGCGGUGAUCAUCAUGAACAGCAUCACGCUGGUCGAUGCCUUCCUCGAUGCAAACAAGUGGAUGGAGCUGUUCCCGUGGAUCGUUUCCAAGGCAAGAACCAUUCAGGUGAUAAGCCAUGGAGCUGCUUCUGGCCACCUGGGCAGUGGAUCUCUCCUCUUGAUGCAGGCGGAGGUGCAGUUCCCGUCUCCUCUGGUGCCGGCGCGCGAGGUGGUGUUCUUCCGGUACUGCGUGCACAACGGCGACGAGGGCACCUGGUCCGUCGUGGACUUCCCGGCGGAGCUGGAGACCUCGUCGGUGGUCAAGUGCCGGAGGCGCCCCUCCGGCUGCAUGAUCCAGGACAUGCCCAAUGGCUAUUCAAGGGUGGUGUGGGUGGAGCACAUGGAGAUGGUGGGGGAGGAGAAGCCGCUGCACCAGGUGUUGAAGGACUACGUCGCCGGCGCCGGCGCCUUCGGGGCCACGCGCUGGGUCUCCCUCCUCCAGCGCCAGUGCGAGCGCCUCGCCAGCGAGCUCGCCCGCAACAUCUCCGACGUCGGAGUGAUCCGCACCCCAGAGGCGAGAACAAAUAUGAUGAAGCUGUCGCAACGGAUGAUCACCACUUUCUGUGCCAACAUCAGCGCUUCUGGGAGCCAAUCAUGGACUGCACUCUCGGAGUCUACAGAGGACACGAUCAGGGUCACUACCCGGAAGAACACCGAUCCAGGGCAGCCCAGCGGUGUCAUCCUGACUGCUGUCUCCACAAGUUGGCUUCCUUUCAGCCAUCAGCAGGUCUUCGAGCUUCUUGCGGAUGAACAGCAGCGCUGUCAGCUUGAGAUUUUGUCAAACGGGGGCUCACUUCAUGAGGUGGCACAUAUUGCAAAUGGAUCACAUCCAAGGAAUUGCAUUUCUCUUCUCCGCAUUAAUGCUGCAAGCAACUCGUCACAGAAUGUGGAGCUCCUGAUGCAGGAGAGCAGCACCCACCCUGAUGGUGGAAGCCUUGUGGUGUUUGCGACUGUGGAUGUCGAUGCCAUCCAAGUGACGAUGAGCGGCGAGGACCCUUCGUACAUUCCUCUCCUCCCCCUGGGAUUUGCCAUCUUCCCAGCCACCAACCCUUCGCCUGCAGCAACUAGCGCAAAUUCUGGCAACGGCGAUAGCAGCCCAGGUAACGCAGAUGAGCCCGCCAGUGGCUGCCUCCUCACCGUCGGCAUGCAGGUGCUGGCCAGUGCCGUGCCUUCAGCGAAGCUCAACCUCUCAAGUGUCACUGCAAUCAACAACCAUGUCUGCAAUGCCAUUCACAAGAUUACAACCGCACUCAAAGGUCCUGGAGCAAGCCGGGCUGAGCCGGCGCCUGCAGGGUCCGACUAGUUGCAAGAAUGUCUGUGUGGGAACGGAGGAGAGCAGAUUAACGCAGACCAAAAUGCCUUUCAAGUCCAGUUAGUUUUGCUACUUGCUAACAUCUCAGGUUUUCUGUCAGCUCAGGUACAAGGGAGGAUUUGACAAGAACCCGAAACUAACACAUGAAAAAAAUUCAAAACUCCUCUCUUUCCCGCCAUGCGGUUCUCAAAAUGACAAAAAUACCCCCAACAAACACUGGGGGCAUUUUGAUCAUUUUGGGAAGCUAGUGCUAUUUACAACUAGAAAGGGUCUUGUCAAGAUCUCACUUGCACCGCCUGAAUCACAACACCGGGCAUUUUGGUGAUGCGGUUCUUGCUGUUCUCUGUUCUCUUCCUCAGAUGUGAAGGUCGGCUUCGGUAUGCUUCUUUGAUUUUUGUAAUAAUAAGCUGGAAGAAGAAGAAGAAGACUUAGUUUGCGCGUAUGAUUCGUAGUAGACUUUGUAUAAGUUGUGUUAGCUUAAAGACCUGAGGAGAUUGUAGGAGAGGAGAAGGUGUGAGAGGAGGAGUCAAGAGCGAACCAGUUGUGACCCUUCCCAGCAGAGAAGGGUCUUGGUUCGGGAAUUGACUUGUUCCCUCUGUGCACUGCAUUUGUCAAUCUGUAACCUGCAUGUUUAUGUUAUGUUGCUCCCUAGUUAUUACAUUGGAAAUCUUCAUGGUUGCUUAGUUUCAUGCAGUUUGCUGCUC